AAGAAAAUUGAAUACAAGUUACUUUCAGGGUUUUGUGUACACGUGUUCGUACAGUACACGUGUACACAAAACCCUGAUUACAUGUACACAGUACAUGUGUACAUAUAAUCAAUGGCCUAAAGGUAACUUCUACUUGGAUGAAGGUUAUGUUAUUGUACAAAUUAAACUUGACCACAUAAAGUGUCCAUUAAGCAUGCUAAUUAAGAAAAUACAAGGAAAGCUGCACUUCCACAGCUUCCAUGGACUGAUAUAGGACUUAUAAUCUGUUUGCAUAAGUUCAUCAGCUCAACAAGUGAAAUAAUUUUUCCUUCUGUAGUCAAACACAAAUCAUGAGAAAUGCUUCGAACUACUAUCAGAUUAGGUAUAAUUUCUGGAGCUGUUGGAGGUAGUGUAUUUGGCAUAGCUCAUUACAGAAAUGAAUUAAAUUUGUCAGCUGUUGCCUUAAGGAGAUUUGGGAGAGCAGCUUUUACUGUGUCAAGAAUUGCCUUUGAUUAUAAAUAUUCUCGUAUUGGAAUUCAGUCAAAUUCAAAUGAAUACAAUGAUGUCAUGUCAAAGAUACAUUUAAGAUCAGCAAAACUUCUAUUAGAUUUAUGUAAUAAAAAUGGUGGUGUUUUUAUUAAAGUUGGACAGCAUGUUGGUGCCAUGGAUUAUUUAUUGCCCGAAGAGUAUACAUCCACUCUUAGUGUUCUUCAUAGCCGUGCUCCAAAAUCUUCUAUAGAAGAAGUAUUUCAGGUUAUCAAAGAGGAUCUCAAAAAAGAGCCAAAUGAUAUAUUUUCGAAAUUUGAAGUAGAACCUGUUGGUGCGGCAUCUUUAGCUCAAGUUCACUGUGCUGUUUUGCAUAACGGAAAGCAAGUUGCUGUCAAAGUUCAACAUCCGAAAGUCAUGUCUCAUUCAAAAGUCGAUAUUGUUUCCAUGACUUUUUUAGUUAAUGCAAUUGCAUGGUUGUUUCCCGAAUUCUCAUUCAUGUGGUUGGCCGAAGAAAUGCAACAUAAUCUGCCUUUAGAAUUGGAUUUUUUACAUGAAGGAAAGAAUGCUGAACACAUUAAAAGGAUAAUUAAGUUCCCUUGGCUCAAGGUUCCACAAGUCUUUUGGGAAUUUUCAUCACCUAGAGUAUUAACUAUGGAAUAUUGUGAAGGAGGUCAAGUUAAUGAUAAAAAUUAUUUAAAGGAAAAUCAUAUUUCAUCUACUCAGAUAUUUCAACAACUUGGAGAAUUAUAUAGUGAAAUGAUAUUUGUGAAAGGUUAUGUACACUGUGAUCCUCAUCCUGGCAACAUUCUUGUUCAAAAGAAAUCUAAAGAUGUUGAUAUCAUACUUCUAGAUCAUGGGCUAUAUUCUAAAUUAUCAGACCAGUUCCGUCUACAGUAUUCAAAUCUAUGGAUGAGUCUCCUAUCUGCUGAUGUUGAAGGAAUUAAACACUGGGCAAAAGCUUUAGGUGUUGAAGAAUAUGGUCUUCUGGCUUGUAUCAUGACUGCACGGUCAUGGAAAGCAAUACAAGAGGGAAUUAAUCGGAAACAGAAGACAAUGGAAGAGAGCAAUGAAGUACGUCAUCAUGCUGCUGCAUUAAUGCCAGAGAUUGCAAAAUUGUUAGGUAAAGUACCUCGAGAAAUGCUGCUUAUGUUCAAAACAAAUGAUCUUCUAAGAGGAAUAGAAACUAAAUUAGGUGCACAUGGACCAAUGUCUUUCAUUAGUAUGACUCGUUGCUGCAUUCGCGCAAUAGGAGCCGAACAGGUAAAGAGAUGCUUGAACUGGUGGUGUUCAGCUCGCGUAUACUUGUGGAUGCAGUGGCAGCAGACUAAGAUUACGGUGUACACGUUAUUCUUGCAAAUUCAAAAUUUAUGUCAAAAUGUACCUCUUCUAAAUAGGAUUGUAGCUUAUUAAUUAAUUAAUU